CAGAAUGCAGAGAGAGCAAGAGCGGGAACGACGUCGCGUAAGGGACAGGGAGAGGAGGCAGUCUAUGACCAUUGAACAGAGAGAACGACAUCUGGCUCGUCGUCGUAGGAACUAUCAACUUAGACGACUGAGAGCUGAAAAUGCUAAAGCAGGGGAUUUCCCAUCACAGCAAAUAAGCAAUGAACAUGAUGCAGCAUUAUCAGAAGGGAACAGUUACGUCCGGGAAGUUACUCGGCUCGAAAACCCGACCACGGAACGUCUGCAGUACUCCCAAUGUUUGGAGGCUGCAGCUUCUAGAUCGUCUAAUUUCUCAAAACGGUUGCGUUUGAGUCAUAUAAGGCGGCUUGCGCGGUCGUUGAAUCAUUUAGGCGGCGAGGUUAUUGGUAAUCACCAAAUUGUAGCGGACGUGAUUCGAAAGGGUGAUAGUAAUGCUUCUUGUUUCCGAAUUGGCGAUUUUGAUUCCGGGAGGCUUCCAAAUGGACUGCGUUUCAAUCGAGUUAAACGUCUUGCACGAUCAAUAAAUUCUUCUAUGAAUGAGGCUUCUGUUAAUGGCCCAAAAGUUGAACAGAUUCCGUCUGCAGAAGAGAUUAGAGCAAUUGGUGAUGAUAAGCCUAAAUUUGGACAUAGUAUUGAUGUUAGAGGAGACGUAGAAGGACCUAACAUGGAUGGUAAUUCUCAGCUGCAUUUUCAAUGUGCGUAAAUAAAGCAAUGGAUAAACUCCCCCUUGCGUACUAAUGUCAGGACGUGAACUUUAAUCACACACAAUAAAUGGACUUUACGCAGCUCUUCUCUACAGAUUUUUAGUGAAGACUAAUUGUACGACAGAGAAAGCUAACAGGAUGAGGAAAGCUUGUUGGAUUCAGAAAACUUGCUGGCAAGGCUCGCCGAUCUCUUCAAACAAUUCCUCGUAGUCGGAAAAUCCACGAGCUAGAGUUAUGUUUUGCUGCGCUGCUGCUGGCAGAUUUUGAUCAGAGAAGGAAGAUAACAUAUUUCAUGAGGGUCUUGAAAUAGGACGAUACUUGUAGACUGCAUUGUCAAUGAAUUAAUUUAUACUGAUUUACUCAUAAGAAGUUCUUUCGGGGGUUUUUAUUCA